AUGACAGAAGAAGAUAGCACGCCAAAAUCGGCUACGAGGACGAGAGUGCCUAGCCUUUUCUUAAUACCUUUAUUGGGAUUUUUUUUACUUUUUGCUUAUUUUACGAUAUUGAUUGAAGAUGAGCUACCAACUCCUAUCAAAGAAAGGGAUAUUCCAAGCAGUGAUUCGAGAACUGUUAGCGAGGAAUCUGCAAAAAAAUACCUAGAUGAAAUACUCGGAGAUGGGCCGAGGGUAGCCGGCGCAAAAUACCACUACACCAAAACCAAGGAUCUUAAAAAGCUUGUGGACAAUAUAGCAAGCACUUCCAAUCUGCCUAUACACACAGACUGGCAGUUAGUCGAUGGAAACUUUUGGAUCGCCUUCGGUACACCCAUUGUGCAAGUUUACCAAAACUUGUCCAACAUAGUGGCAGUUUUGGAGGGUGAGAGUGGCUUUAACGCUGACGGGACCGCUGGCACAUCAAUUCUUGUCAAUGCUCAUUAUGAUUCUGUGCCUUUUUCUAUUGGUGCCUCGGACGAUGGUUUGUUUUGUGGUGCUAUGGUCGAAACUUUGGAGAAGUUGUCACGUAGAAAAAGGAAGCUGAAACAUAAUAUAAUAUUCCUCAUAAAUGGUGCAGAAGAAAAUGCGUUACAGGCAAGUCACGGAUUUUUAAGCCACCCCUGGGCAAAGAAUGUUAUUGGAGUUAUCAACUUAGAUGCAGCAGGUAUGAACGGGAGACCUAGUGUUUUCCAGGUAACAGAUCCCAGAGUGCUAGACGUUUACAAGAAAACAACUUUAAGACCCAUAGCACAAGGUUUGGGAGAGUUCUUAUUUACUUACGGCAUUAUACCAUCCGAUACUGACUUCAGGAUAUGGAGAGAUUAUGGGAAAAUCAAUGGUUUAGACAUAGCAUUUGUAAAGUGGGGUAAUACUUACCAUACCCGUAACGAUAGACCAGACUUAAUAAAAGAAGGUGUAAUGCAGAAUGCUGCGGAUUUACUCAUAGGUCUUACCAGAGCGUUGGGUGACGAUGAGGAUCUAGCAAUCGAGCAACCAGCAUCAACCGUGGUAUAUUUCGACGUUUUGGGCUUAUACAUUAUCUCGUACACCAGAGACGUUGCGGUAACUGUGGAUAUAGUAGUGGGAUCAAUGGGUUUAUUGAGCGUAGUUUACUUCCUGUGGCUCUUUGGCUUCAAACGAGAAACUGUUAUUGAGUUGAUAUGGUCUGCAGUGAGUCAUUUGCUAUGCAUAGUAUCUGGACUCUUGGUUGUUGUCGCAUUUACCCUUAUCAUGCUUAACUUCACGAAGCAAAUGAGAUAUAUGUCUGCACACUGGCUCGUAGUUCCGUUUUACUGGCUGCCUUAUUUAGUCACAUCUGUUGGAGUUUCCCAUGCUUUUGACUCUUGGAGAUCUUCAAAGAUAGAUUACGAUCGCCCAAUCAGGACAGCUCAAGCUAUGACCACUACUCGACUUCUGAUGGCAAUCAUACUGUUAUGGACGUGUUGUGCCGCGGAGACCGCAAAUAUAAGAUAUUUACUCGCGAUUCCUCUUUUGGGGAUGUCGAUUGGAAGUGUUAUAACCACUUCGUUGGCGAGAUGCCGAUGCCUUAGCGCAUGGCAAGUACUCGUGCUAGAAGUGAUCCUACAUCUGCCUGCCACGAUGUUCGCCUUCUCACUGGCUACCAGGCUUAACUGCCUGGCUAUACCCAUAAUGGGACGUUCGGCUUCUGACUCUCCGGAUCUCAUAAUCGCAGCUUUUAACGCCUUUCUGGUUAUUUACGUUGCUUCAACAGUUUCUGGAAUUGAGCUUCUAUUCUCACGCAAAGGUCUCACGGGGGUGUUGGCUGGUGUAUUGAUAGUGUCUGUCGGUAUCAUAUUCUUCCCCUUCCAUCCUUACCGCGGUGACGUCACGCAGAGGCAUUACUUUACUCACUCACAAGUAACAACUUACAACGCAAGUCGUGCGCCAAUAGAAAGAUUUACGGGAACCUUAAUAGCUAAAACGGAUGCUCUAAAUGUAGAUUCAGCUUUGACAGCAAUCCGAAGCAGCCCCCUGUUCGUACAUGACAGAAGUCAUUCAAGAGAGAUGAAUAGUUUGAGCCACAAAGGACUGCAGAUCAGAUCGAGUGACAUAAAGAUAAUAGAUGAGGAAUGCGAUGAUUACCUAUACUGCAACUUACCUUUGUACCGACCAGGGUUUAGCAGAUUGAAUCGGGGCGGUAUCUUCAUCAACAUGAAACCGCCGGCGCAAUUUCCUCACUCAUUGUCACUCGACAGACGCUCCUGUGUUGGCAAUUUAUGCACUCUCCAAUUCACAAUGCGUGGUAACGCCCACAACCUGAUUUCCAUAUGGCCAGUACAGGGUGUUGAGCUAACAGAUUGGUCCUUUAGCGACCCAGUCAAGGAUUCGGGAGUAGUACGAAACAGACCCGUGUAUACCGUCGUCCACUCAGCGGCCACAUACUCCGAAACCUUCGCGCCAUUUGUAUUCUCUGUGACCUUGAAAGUACCACCACCACUUCAGUCUGGUCUCCUAGUAGACGUAUCUCACCAUUCGCACAAGGCUUUCCAUCCGGAAGACUUCACUGAGGAAUACAAGCAACUUCUUGCUGUUAUGCCCGAUUAUAUGAAUAUUGCCACUUUCCUGAGUUUUAGAAAUAAUUACGUAUUUUAG